AUACUGUACAUAAGGAAUCCAUUGUACCGAAAACGCAACCUUUGCUUUCUUGGGAAACUCUCUGCAAUUCCUGGAGAAAUCGACCAUCAUCAUCUUAGCUUUGAUUCUCUCUGUGUUUCUUCACUUUCAAUUUCUGUUUUGGUUUAUCGAUAAGAGAAAGUAAAAUUCGUCUGUGGGGGUUUAAGCUUUUUUGGGGUGAGAGAUGGGUCAAACUUUUCGCAAGCUUUUCGAUACCUUCUUCGGCAACCAGGAGAUGAGGGUCGUUAUGCUGGGUCUGGAUGCGGCUGGCAAAACAACGAUACUAUACAAGCUCCACAUAGGAGAAGUUCUGUCUACUGUUCCCACAAUCGGUUUCAAUGUUGAGAAAGUUCAGUACAAGAAUGUCAUCUUCACAGUUUGGGAUGUUGGUGGCCAAGAGAAGCUGAGGCCCUUGUGGAGGCAUUACUUCAAUAAUACCGAUGGACUUAUAUACGUGGUAGACUCCUUGGACCGAGAGAGGAUUGGUAAAGCGAAGCAAGAAUUUCAGGAUAUCAUAAGGGACCCAUUCAUGCUCAACAGUGUCAUUCUAGUGUUUGCAAACAAACAAGACAUGGUAAAAGUUCAUAGGCUCUAGCUUUCCUUAUUUCAUAUUUUUUCGUUCUCAUUUACCAAAAUUCGUCUGAACUCUUUAUGAAUUUCAGAGAGGAGCCAUGUCUCCUCGAGAAGUAUGUGAAGGGCUUGGCUUACUUGAUCUCAAGAACAGGAAAUGGCAUAUACAAGGCACAUGUGCUCUUCAAGGAGAUGGGCUCUAUGAAGGCUUAGACUGGUUAUCCGCUACACUCAAAGAGGUUAAAGCCGCUGGUUACUCAUCAGUUGGUCCCUCGUUUUAGCACCCCUACCAUUUGCAAAGAAAAAAAUCCCUGACUAGCUAAAUUGACAUACGAAAGUACCAAAUCAAGCUCAUGGUGUCUCCUGUCUACUCACCAUUAUAUACUUUACAUCCAUGGCCACACCCUUCUUCGUGGCCACUGAUAUGGUAAUAUCACAAAACUAAUGAAAAUCUCUCAAGACUUUUGUAAUGGAAGUGUUUUUGUUUUUCUUUCGUCUUCACAUGGCUCUGCUUCUUAAAGCUAAUGUUAGUAUCAAUUAGGCUCCUUUUUGCAUAAUAUGACUUUGGAGCUUUAUUGUAAAUUCUGAUGGAUACAAAAUGUAUAAAUCUGACAAAAAUUGCAAAAUUCUCAUGAGAUUAUUAAAGUCUCCCUUAUAGCUAUGAUAGAUGAUUGAUCUUUUUACGUCCCUGUCUUCCCCUGUUGAGCUCGGGCACUAUAAAUUUGGUAACUACCGAGUUUGUCUCUUUUGAGUUCAUAUAAAAUACAGCUAAAUCGAGUUUUUUUUUAAAGCCAUGAAGAAAUUACGAAUGAGAUG